CUUCGUUUUGACGGCUUUAAUGUUUAGUUCAUCUUGAGGAAGAAUGCAUCUCCACUUCUCAGCUAUCCUUCUGGCACUGCUGUCAGGUACAAGCGCGUUCAUCUUUGACCAAACAUGUCACGUGCCAUUGCGAUGCUCAUGUGCGCUGCCAUUCAUAAAAUGUGAGGACAGGAUGCUUCCUCGGGUGCCGAAUUUCAACAUGACAACAAAUCAUAGCUCACUCUAUCUACAACUUCAGAACAAUCGAAUAUUACUUGUGCAAGAUUUGGCAUUUGACGGACUCAAAACAGACAAACUUUAUCUCGAUAUGUCCGUCAAUCGAAUUCACAGCAUUGGCGAUAACGCUUUCAGUGGAUUGGAGGAUGCCAUUACAGUAUUAAAACUUGAACAUAAUAUGCUAACAUCAAUCCCCAAGGUACUGGCGAACCUCACGAAACUGACAAUAUUGCACAUUCAUGACAAUCCAAUCCAGACAUUUGAUGGUAGCGUCAUGUCCACGCUUGGGGAUCACUUGGAGACGUUUUAUGUUGGUUCACAUGAUUUAACCAUCUGGCCCGACGAAUUCCGUUACUUGGAAACACUUUCGACCUUGUAUUUGUUCAAUCUGUCUAUGGUAAAUAUCCCCCACGAUGGAUUCAGAGGGUUCGAGAGAAGCCUUAUACACUUGGUCAUAGACGGUACCAAAUUUACAACGAUGCCAGACCCCAUCUGCAGUCUGACAAGCCUCCGAGAUAUUUACUUUACAAACAACUCCAAUGACCACCCUCACAUUGAUAUCCUACCCGACUGCCCGGCUCCUUUGCAAAGUGUAACUGGAGUUUUCUUAGAUGGCAACAACUUGACGAAAUUUCCGAACGUCUUCAAGACAUUUCCAUCUGUUGGAACUCUCGAUAUUUCAAAUAAUCCAUAUUUACGUUCAAUAGAUGUGGAUUUUAAUGAGAACACGACUCUUAUCACGUUAGUUUUAAACAACAACGGAUUCAAUCACGUUCCAUAUCAACUUGGAAAACUCACACAACUGAAAAACUUACAAUUAUCUGGAAAUGACUUGAGGGAAAUCUGGAAUGGAGAUUUGAGACACCUUACACACAUUUCUCGGCUAGACUUAAGCCAAAAUCCAAUUAGAAUUAUCGAAGACUCGGCUUUUGAAAACCUGAGUUCAGUGUACUUCAUGGACCUACAUGACACCAAUCUAAAAACACUUCCACAAGCAGUUUCGGAUUUGGACCGCAUUCAAACAUUGCAGUUUGAUGGAAACACAGUAAAUUGCGAUUGCAAAGAAAUGUCUUGGAUGCAUAACUGGACUUAUAUAAACUCCGUGAAGGUGUCUGGAGAAUGUUCUAAGCCAUUCGGCAUGUCUAUUCAAACCUUUCUGUCAUAUGGUCUUGAUUCAUGCUAAUGUCAGUGUGAUAUAAUAUUUGUGAUAUAACUAAA